UUAUGGCGGUGCACACGGCGCCUACUAGCAUGUGUGAGAAAACUUCAAUGGACUGGCCUAGCACUGAUGAACUCUGUGGUGUCAUGUAGCUGUUUAUCUCUUUGCUGAACUACGUUUCUCUCCGAUUUUUCACGGUCUGGAAACUACAAUGCGUCGCUUCGUUAUACGUGUUUGUAUGCGUCUAAGGUUAGCAUCACUUAGCUAAAAGCAGCUAGUCAAUGUUUUCAUAACUUGGCAGUUUAUUGACCUUGUUGACUUUGUAAUUAAGCAACAUUGGUAGCCACGCAUAAUUUAAGCGCAUUUGUGGCUAUGAAUGUAAAGUGUCAAGCCAUUUAAUUUGUAAGAGCAGUGGUAUUAUUUCUAAUUUAUUUGGCUCUGUCUCUGUUUAUUUUUUUCAAUAGUUGCUAGCGCUCUGUGUUAUUAAAGAACCAUGUCUGUAUGGGUGACAGAGGAGGUCAUGAGACGGGGCCUGCGCUUUUGCAGCCGCGGAUCUCUUUGGCAACAGCGCAACUUCCUGUUGUCUGCGCCAAUCAAGAACUCGUGUUCUCCAGAUAAACAGUUCUUCCACCUUUGGAGCCCAAGACAGAGUCAGACGUGGCUUUCUAGGAGUCCUGUCAGUUCAGUGAGGUUCUAUUCACAGGGAGCCAAUCAUGGAGAUGAUCUGGAAGAUGGGGAGCGUCUUCCCUCUCAACCUGCUGACACAGCAUCAGCUGAGAGACAGAGGAAGUCUCCUUUCUUGGAGCUCCUGGAGAGCUGCGGCUCCCCGUCAGAUGUGUUAGACCUCACCGGCAAGUACUCGCCCACAGCCCGACAGGUCAGCCACUGCCUGACCCACAUGUGGGCCACCACUAAGAAGAUGACAGAUGAGCAGCGCCGCUACGAGCUGCAGCUGAUGUUUGAGCAUCCCGCUUUUGACCAGCUGCUGCAGAGGGCCAUGAAGACUCUGGUGCACAUUAGCGACGAGGACGUGACUUACUCUCUCCUGAGUAUGGUCAACCUGGGCGUUCCCCAACGUAGCCGAGUGGUCCAGACUUUUCUCCGAACCUGCCAGGAGAAACUGAAUGACUUUGAUGAGAAGAGUCUGUCCAUCUUGGCCUCCAGCCUGGAGCAAAUGGAGGAUGGAGCCAAUGUUCGUGCGCUCAAGGAGGGCAUGAGGCUGGUGGUGGAGGCCCGUCUUCCAGGCAUAAAGAAUGUAAUGGCUCUCCAGACCAUGAUGCGUCUGCUGGGAAAAGAUGCCCCAAAGGACCUCAAAUGGAAACUAGAGAAAAAGGCCUUAUCUAUGACAGACCACUUCAGCCUGCCCAACGCCCAAUACAUGAUUUCCACUAUGGCCACAAUGGGCUUCUUCUCUAAGCCACUGCUGGAUGUCUGCAGUAAAAAAAUCACGGAGAACAUCCAUGGUAUCCCCUUCAACAGAAUAUUUAAAUUGCUGCAGUCCUGUAGGGAGCUCCGCUACAGAGACGUUCAUCUGCUCACCAGCAUUUCGGACUAUGUCGCUUCCUCACUGGACAUUUGGACCAACAAACAGCUGCUUCUCUUUCUGUCUGUGUUCGAGAACCUCAUCUUCUGCCCUGCUGCUCUGAUGGAUGCUUAUGCUGACAAAGUGAUCGCCAACCCUGACGUCCUAACACUUAAAGACCUGCUCUGUGUCCUCAAGGUGUACUCCUCUCUGAGCUACGAUCUGCAGGACAGAAGACAACAGUUUCUCGAUAGUCUGAGCCGAGUCCUGAUCUCCUAUUUGCCCAAAAUAUCUGCGUUUGAGUUGUUGAAGGCCGUUUAUUGCCUCUGUCUGUUGGGCCACUUCCCUUACGCACCACUGGAGCAGCUUCUGCAGAGCAGUGUGCUGGAAAAGCUUGCAGGUUCGAAGUUUCCAAAGAGCCAGGAGAGAAUGUUCCAGACGGUGGACGUGUGCCUGCGUGUUGACCAUCCUCCUCUUCCUCAGCCCCUAACUGUUCCUGCAUCAGUCCUGGGAGACCCCACCCCCAGCACUCCAUCGGUCAACCCGAGGCUCUUGCUGGACUUGCAGAGUCUGCUGGAGGAUCAGGUGCAUAUGAUGCUACAGGAGGGGGUGAUGGUGGAGAAUUUGUACUUCAUAGACGCUGCUGUAACCAAACCUACGCCAAACCAAACCUCUGUGUGUGAAGCACGCAUCGGUGGAGCGGAAGGGUGUUCUCCAGCAGAGAGCAGUGAGCGAAUUGCAGUAAUGUAUGCACCGCAAUCUGGCUUUUGUUACGGCACGUCCAAUCCCCGUGGUCCGCUGGCUGUGAAGAUUCGCCAUCUGAAGAUCCUGGGAUAUAACCCUGUCCUGGUAACGGAGCAGGACCUGCAGUCUGUAUCCGAGGAAGCAAGGAUAGAUUUCCUCAGGGAACGGAUUUUUCCACAACACCACAGACCCGAAACACAGCCUGAUGAAAAGGAGCACCUGCGAUCUUAGAGCCAGAUGUCAGCGUUAAAUGGAAGGAAAGAGGCUAAUCCUCAUGAUGACAGACAGGUUUUGUGUUAGUAUUUAAGAAGGAGAAAAUAUGUGAAAGUUUUUAAAAUGACUGUUUAGCUUUGGAUGCAUUUAGCUAAAGAAAGAUGAGGGACACGUGAAGAGCAAAUACACACUUUGAACGGUCGUUCAAAAUUAAGAGUAAAACUCUUUUGUGUCCAUUAGUAGAUUGUUUCAUCUGUGCGCACAUAGUAGGAAAUCAUUUUGUAUUUUUUUUUAAUUAAAAAGAUGCUGAAAAGAGUUAAAA